CUGUUACAAAUCUUAUAUAUUUUGUUUUUCAGGUGUUGAAACCGGUGUGGGUAUACUGACACCCCGCGGUCAAACAUGAGUGAAGAUUAUCGCCUAGAGGGCACUGAGGAGCUGAGGGCUGCAUGUCUGCAGUGGCAGGGUGAGGGUCCAGACCCCUGGAUGGAGCUCAGGAGGGUUCAGCUCGAGUUCCUUGAGGGGAAGCUGAAGGCCCUCAUUCAGAAGGUGGAGUCUCAGUGCGCACAAGACCCCCUCAUUCUCCUGCCUUCUUGCGGCACCGAGGAGCCAGACCUCUGGAUGAAGCUCAGGAGGGUUCAGCUCAAGUUCCUCGAGGGGAAGCUGAAGGCCCUCAGUGAGAAGCUUUCCUGUCCCAGGCGACAUGUUGGUAGAGUCCUGGUGCCGGUUAGGGAGGCAGCCCCCGCCCACAGGCUAGACUCUACCAAGCCUGAUAUCACAGGUCCAAUUGCACAGUGCCAAGAAGCUCCAGACCCAGACCUCACCACCACCACCUCUCAUCCGGAGCCAUCCAGCCAGGGGGACACUGCACUGUCACCCACCACUAAUACACAGCGCAGAUCCCUUAAACGCAUUGUCACUCACUUUAGGACCUCCAUUGUGUCUCGUUUCAGGUCUCCUAGAUUUAACCACAGUUGCUUUACGUACAUAGAUAUAGAGAUAGAUGUAGGAUACACAUAGAAACACACAUACACACUCUAAUAAACUCACAUAUACACAUACAUACGCACUUGCGCAUACAUACACACACAGUUUCAAAUACACACAUACACACACACACACACACACACAUACACACAACUGUUUGUGUAUUUAUGUGCAUGUAUGUAUGUCUGCAUGUGUAUGUAUGUACAUGUGUGUUUGAAAGUGUGUGUGUGUGUAUGUUUGUGCAUGUGUUUGUAUGUGUGCGUGUAUACGUGUGUAUAUAUGUCUGCAUGUGUGUUUGUAUCUGUGUAUGUGUGUAUUCGUGUGUAUGUAUGUGUGUAUGUGCAUAUAUGUAUGUAUGUAUGUAUGUAUGUGUAAGCAUGUGUGUGUUUGUGUAUGUAUGUUUAUGUGUGUAUGUAUGCGAGUGUGUGUUUGUGUCUGUAUGUAUGUAUUUAUGCAUGUAUAUGUGUGUUUGUUUAUGCACAUUUGUGUGUUUGAAAUAGUGUGUUUGUAUAUAUAUAUAUAUACGUCGAUGUGUUUGUGUAUGUAUGUGUAUGGAGGUGUUUUUGCGUAUGUAUAUGAGUGUGUGUGUGUGUGUCUGUGUGUGUAUGUAUGUAUGUAUAUGUGUUUGUUUAUGUACAAGUGUGUGUUUGAAUUUGUGUGUCUGUAUAUGUAUGUGUGUAUAUGUGUCUGCAUGUUGUUUGUGUAUGUAUGUGUAUGUUUUUGUGUCUAUGUAUAUUUGCAUG